AUGAUACAGCGCCUGACAGACUCAAAUGGGAAGAAGAAAACUAUGCCAAAAAAUAGCUACCAGUUGCAGCAGUUUGCAGCUGUUGCUCUUGAUUUUGGGAACUGUGGAUUUGGAGUUUCAGAAGCUGAAACCAGGACUCCCAUCUCCUGGGACAGACAUUUCACAAAGAGGAGCUGGGAUGAAUUAAAAUCAUCCUCCAAACUAUCUGAUGCGAAUGAAGAUUUUUAUGAGACAUUCUUCCAAUUCUCCUUUGGCUCUUUCAGGCCUCUGAAGACACUGCCAAAACAGUAUCAUCCACUUCCUCCAGAGCCGAAGAUAAGCAGCAACGUCCUCCACACCAGGGAAACACCCAGUCAGCCUCAUACGUUUCCAAUAUCAUCAAAGCCCACAAGGCAUCUAUCUUUUAGAGACCUGAAUGAAGUAUCUGGAAGAGAUAAAGGUACAGGGAAUAAACUUGAAUUCAUUUUACAAGAACAAAAGUAUAAAGCAAAGCAUCUUCCUGAAGCCAGCUUUCAAUAUAUGCAGAGCUCCAAAAACAUGUGCAGUUCAGGGUCCAUGGUAAAUGCAGAGAGUGUGUCAGUCAAGAGGUCACCGUCUCCCAUACACUAUACAACAUGUGAAAAUAAACCGAAACAUUCACUUUUAAAAGAGAAAGUGGAAUAUAUUGCCCAACCCACUGAACAGGACUUACACAAAUAUGAAUGGUACGUUGGAGAAUACGAUCGCCAUGAAGCAGAGGCAGCACUGCUGGAGGAGAACACCGAUGAGACUUUCUUGGUUAGAGAUUGUUCAAAGAAAUCAAACACCGAACCAUACGUUUUGGUUGUCUACUAUGGAAGAAGAGUAUACAACAUCAAAGUACGUUUUCUGGAAGACAGUCAACAGUAUGCACUGGGUACAGGGCUCAGAGGAGACGAUAAGUUCAAUUCCGUGAAAGAUAUAAUUGACUUCUACAAAUACAUUCCCAUCACACUCAUCGAUGGAAAGGAUAAAACAGGAAUCCAGAGAGUACAAUGCUACCUUACACAUCCAUUAAAGCUGCACAAGACGUAUCCUACCUUAACAUCACCAACUUUUGAAUAAAUAUAGAUAGUUCUAUUAUUUAAAUGUGUGAAAAGUCAGGUCAACCUUUGAGUGAUCAGCUCCCUGUAUUAUGAAGAAUUCUGUAUGUUCCACUAAAAUCUUCUCUCCAACUUGGAUUCUUGCAAUAUAUUUGUAUCUGGUAGAUGUAACAAAAUUGAGGAUAUAGGUAAAGUACAUGUCACUGUAUUAACUCACAGAAAAGCAUUAAGAGACUGACUCCCGAUACUCUGACAGUGGUUGAGCAAUUUGCUUAUCUUGCAUUGUACACAACACAAGAUGAAAACCAAAUUCAGCCUUGCUUACUUGAAUGUCACUGAAGCUCAUUCAGUAGCAAAACCUAAUAAAAGAUUCUGUAUAAAAAAAUUUAUUCUUUCCUUUAAAAAUACACAUAAAACACUAUUUGAGUAUUCACUGUUUAACACUUUAAUUCUGUGUGUGUAUCUGCACAACAAAAUUCCCUGCUCAGUAGCCGCUGAAAUCAGUGGGCAUCAGUCAAUGCUCGUAAGUAUUGGAGCAAAUCACCUUUAAUGAUAAAAGGACUAUUGUUUAACUAACGCAUAACCUCUAGCUUAAGCAGCAAGCACUCAUAUCUCACUUUUGAAUGUUCAAGCACACACAGGUCUUACCACGUCCAAGGAUACAGAUAAAAACCACCAGCAUGAACAGUAGAAAAGUUUCAAACUCACCUAAAAAUGUUCCAGCGUGUAUCAAAGCAGAUGAAAUGGUGAAGUAUUUUUCCAGCAAAAAAUGCAGUAUUUAUUCAUACAAUUUAAGUUUUGGGAAGUUUUGUUAUGAAUGUGAAAGGAAAGCUUUAGCACUGUCUAUAAGCAACAGUGAGCAUCUUUUCUCACUUUGAGUGGGUAACUGGAAGAAUCAAAACAUUUAAGCCCAGACCAUGAAAUUCCAACCCAGGUUACGGUGCAGUGCUGUGCAAUGGCACAAACUGACUGAACAAAUUUGAGCAGUUGGUUGUUGACUUCCCUACAACCUUUUCAUUUCCCUACACCGGACAGUAACACAAAAGUUCAUUCAUUGUAUUUACUUCUCUCAA